UCCGCCCCCCGCACCGCCCCUCCCGCGGAGACCGCACGGAGAGUGCCCGUGAGGCUCCCAGGCCCAGCUCUUCAGGAGAGUGGCGGCCCUGUCUCCUCUGAGAAGAUGUCCUAUGGCUCCAUUGCUGGCAGCAGCGGCCUGGAGAGCCGUGGCCCUUUUGGGGGGCCCUCCAGACAAGGCUAUCAGCCCCUAGAGUGUGCUAAAUUUUGGACCCAGUAUGGGAUCCACCAUUUCCCUUGCCCAUCACCUGAGAGCAACCUAUGGGACCCCUUUGUGAGCGAGGGGCCAAGAGGGGCCAAGAAGCGAGGGCCAGGGGUCACCACUGACGGCAGCGGGACACUGGAGCCUACCUUGCUGCCUGCCGGCCUGAAGAAGGACUCGGCUGUCAGAACCCAUGGCCGGAAGAUGGGGCCCAGCACCACCCGGACCAAGAAGAGGAAGCCCAACUUCUGCCCGCAGGAGACGGAGGUGCUGGUGUCCAAGGUCAGCAAACACCACCAGCUGCUGUUCGGCACCGGGCUGCUGAAGGCUGAGCCCGCCCGCAGGUACCGCGUGUGGAGCCGCAUCCUGCAGGCCGUGAACGCACUGGGCUACUGCCGCCGCGACAUCGUGGACCUCAAGCACAAGUGGCGGGACCUGCGGGCUGUUGUGCGGCGCAAGCUGGGUGCCCUGCGCAGAGUGGCCCCUGGCCCCGCUGAGCCCCAGGCCCUGGCCCUCACGCCUGUGGAGCAGGUGGUGGCCAAGACCUUCUCCUGCCAGGCCCUGCCGUCUGAGGGCCUCGACCCGGAGCCGCCCAGGGCCACCCAGAUGGACCCGAGUGACCUCCAGGAGCUGUUCCAGGAGACGUCAGCCAACGUCUUCAGGAUCAACUCCAAUGUGACCUCUUUGGAGCAGAGCCUCCGGUCCCUGGGGAUGCCGAGUGACACGCAAGAGCUGCGGGACAGCCUGCAUGCGGCACAGCAGGAGACCAACCAAACCGUUGCAGCCAGCACCAGCGCCCUGAAGCAGAUGGCCGAGCUCCUGCGGGGCUGCUCCCGGCAGGAGCGCCUGCAGCUGGACUGCCUGAAAACUCAGCUCUCAGACGCCGUCCAGCGCUAUGGAGUGGUGCAGAAGAAAAUUGCAGAGAAGUCCAGAGCCCUGCUUCCCACGGCACAGAGGGGUGGCAGACGGCAGAGCUCCCAGACCCCUCUUGCCGAGCUCGCCGAGGAUGAGAAGAUCUUUAAUGGGGGCGACAGCGUGUGGCAGGGCCAGGAGCAGGUGCUGCUUCCAGAGAUCACCGAGGAGGACCUGGAGGCCAUCCGGCUGCGCGAGGAGGCAAUCCUGCAGAUCGAGAGUGACCUGCUGGAUGUGAACCAGAUCAUCAAGGAUUUGGCCUCCAUGGUGUCAGAGCAAGGAGACGCCGUCGAUAGUAUUGAAGCCGGCCUUGAGGCUGUGUCCUCACAAGAGGCGGCCAGCGAGCUCUUGGCCGUAGCCUGCCAGCACCAAGGAAGUCAGUGUGAGGGGACGGCCCAUGGCCCAGGAGGGGCAGGUCUGCAGGGUCUUCUCUGCGCCCAGGCGGACUGCUAUGGGGAGGGGAGAGGAAGGGGCUGCGGGCCCAGGACGGUCAGCACCGCCUCCCGUCUGGUUUGCACCCCCACCGAGGGGGCGGCCUGGGGUCUCCGCCUGCUGGCUCUGCCAAGCGAGAGGACAGGGGUGUGUGGCCAGCUGUGGGAGUGGCCGGGGCUCCCAGGGUCGUGCCGCAUCCCCGAGCUUCCCCUGCAGGACGUUCCAUGGCUUCUCUCGUUUUCCUCAGAAGGCUUGGGCGGGUCUAUCCUUGUCUGCUGCCUUCCUGGAGGAGAGGGCCGCAGAGAGGGCCGCAGAGAGGGCCGCAGAGAGAGAGGGCCGCAGAGAGAGAGGGCCGCAGAGAGGGCCGCAGAGAGAGAGGGCCGCAGAGAGAGAGGGCCGCAGAGAGAGAGGGCCGCAGAGAGGGCCGCAGAGAGAGAGGGCCGCAGAGAGAGAGGGCCGCAGAGAGGGCCGCAGAGAGAGAGGGCCGCAGAGAGAGAGGGCCGCAGAGAGAGAGGGCCGCAGAGAGGGCCGCAGAGAGGGAGGGCCGCAGAGAGAGAGGGCCGAGGGCCGAGGGCCGCCUGGCCGCCUGGCCUCCACCUGCCGCUGGGCCAGGUGUGGCUCCAUGUCUGCCGUGGCCUGGCCCUGGGCCGGAGCAGGCAGAACUUGACUUGGGACAAGUUGGCUCAGUGAGGACAAGAUCAGACCUUUAUUUGACACGAGGCCAAGGGCAGCCUCGAGGAUCGAUGACGGGCCUCUUGACCCACGUCCAGUACCGGAACCCCUGGUGGGCUCAGGCCUGCGUCCAUCGAGGGGUCAGCAACCGCCCUCUGCUGGCUCCCUAUGCUCACUGGCCCUCUGCUCUGUGCUGCGCCCUGACAUGCAGAGAUGGACCCCGCAGAGCCUGUUCCUCUGGGAGCGUGCAUCCUAGGGGUGGGGUGGGUGGACAGUCCAGUCCAGUGACACGAGGGCCCUGGCCCGGCUAAGGCAGGGCAGGCUUCCUGGGGGAGCGCCAAGCAGGAGUUGUCCUGGUGGAGAGGACAGAGGCCAAAGGAGGGGCAGCCCAGGUGAGCUCGGGACACCGCAGGCCAGAGUGCAGAGUGUGGGGGCCGUGCCGUUGGGAGUGGCGUGGAGACUGGGGAGAGAUGUGGACCAGGUCCUCGUUCCGUGGGGGCUUCAGGACAUCAGAGCUGUGCUGGCAAAGGGGACUGUAGUUGCCCUGGGGGGAGGAGAGGUCUCAGGGCGGUGGUCUGGACCGUGCAGGGUCUGUAGGUGGGGCAAACAGUGGGAAAGGGCAGGCCCCCUCCUGGCACCGCGUCUGCUCCCUUCCCACACCUCCCCUCCCUCAGGGAGCCAGGUGGGCAGCGCACACACGGGACCGGCAGCCGCGAGACUCUGUGAGACCGUCUGAGGUUGGAGGCUGGGCCCACUGUUGGCCUCCUCUUUUGUCUGUCGGUGGCCUUCAGACUUCUGAGGCAGGGGCUGGCCUCACUGACAGCUGGUGAACGCCACACCAGCGGGCAAGCGGGACCUGCCUGCAGGAUCGGGCAGAAGCAGGGCUGGAGGAUGUCUGCUCAACGCCUACUGCAGGCUCUCUGCCCUAGCCACGGCCCCCACCUGCCAGCACGCGAGGGCGUCAGGCGUGGUCCCUCUAGGGCCGCCCAGCGUGAAGGUACAGGUUGCAACUGACGAACGAGGUAGACUCAUCGGAAGCCCAGGGCCCAGCCUCUCUAAUGGGAACUCUCCGAGCGGUGGUGCCUGCCAAGGGCCCUCACCUCCAGAAAGCUUCAUCUCACCUCGAGAGGGAGCAACGUACUGGCUGGGUGGCUCCUUCCAAGAGCACCAGGGCCGCCAAGUCUGAAGGAUCAGCAGGUGCCUGGACCACAGAUUCCUGGACCGCAGAGGAGGGUGUGACCGUGAGGAGGAGGAGGAGGAGGAGGAGGAGGAGGAGGCAGCACCGGCAGUCACCUGCGCCCUUGGACACAUUGGGCUCAGAACCCUGGCCCCCUUCCCCGGGGGCCUGUGGCCCUGUCCUCUGGGGUGAUGCUGUCAUCACCCCUUUCCUGUCGCAAAGCAGGAAACCCUGUGCCAUAGAUGAGCUGGGUAGGGGCUCAGACCCAGGAGGUACAGCCGAAGUUACCGCCACAGAGUGAAGUCCUCGAGCUGCCGCCACUUCCAUGCAGCACGUCGGGAAGUGCCUAGCGAUACGGGGCGCCAGCGCAGCCCAUGUCUCAGGCCCGGCGAGGUCUCCCUGGGGCCUGGGUUGGCUUACCCUUCACCCGCAGACAGUUGGAAGGUUAGCAGACCCUCAGCCAGACUGUCCAUUUGCAGAUUAGGGGAUUGAGGCCCUGAGAAGAGAAGGGCUUUCCCAGGUCACAGCCUGGCGUUGGGGCCCAGUUUGUCGGACUACAAAUCCUGGCUCUUCCUGCCGCCCCUUGGGAGGCUCUGCUUCCAUGUGCACCCACUCAUCCCUC